GCUGCCCUCCACGAACAUGUCCAAGUCUCUGAAAAAGUUGGUGGAAGAGAGCCAGGAGAAGAACCAGCCGGAAGUGGUCAUGAGUGACCGGGGCAUCUCCAACAUGCUGGAUGUCAACGGCUUGUUCUCCUUAUCCCACAUCACCCAGCUGGUCCUCAGCCACAGCAAGCUAACAACUGUGCCGCCAAACAUAGCAGAACUAAAGAAUCUGGAAGUGCUGAACUUCUUUAAUAACCAGAUUGAGGAGCUGCCCACACAGAUCAGCAGCCUUCAGCAACUCAAACACCUGAACCUGGGCAUGAACAGACGGAACACGCUGCCUGGAGGAUUUGGCUCUCUCCCAGCUCUUGAGGUCCUUGAUUUGACUUACAACAACUUGAAUGAAAAUUCUCUUCUUGGAAACUUCUUCUACCUUACCACCCUGCACGCACUCUAUCUAAGGGACAACGAUUUUGAAAUCCUGCCGCCAGAUAUGGAGAAGCUCACAAAGUUGCAGAUACUCAGCCUUAGGGAUAACGACCUGAUCUCGCUGCCUAAAGAAAUCGGGGAGCUUACUCAGCUUAAGGAACUCCACUUUCAGGGGAACCGCCUGACCGUUCUGCCCCCAGAACUAGGCAACUUGGAUUUAACGGGUCAGAAACAAGUGUUCAAGGCAGAAAACAAUCCCUGGGUUACCCCAAUUGCUGAUCAGUUCCAGCUUGGUGUGUCCCACGUGUUUGAAUAUAUCCGUUCUGAGACGUACAAAUACCUCUCCGGCAGACACAUGCAGGCGAACCCAGAACCGCCGAAGGAAAAUAAUGACAAAUUGAAAAAGAUCAGAGGGAAACCUCUGACAGCCAAGAACAAAUAAAGGGUUGGCGUGGGCUGGACUUCUCGUUACUCCUCUUCCUUAUUAUUACUUCUGUUUCGCGUUACUGUUUCCCACCAAUAAAUACAGUGGGUGUGUCACCUUUCCACUCCCCCUUU